GCUCCAGGUAUUCACGCACAAUGCAUAGGUGCAUAAGAUAGAAGUUCUGGUGUUCGAGUUCCUUGGACUUCUUGUGGUUCUGUCGACCGAAUGUGACCUCCUCUCGAAGCAGACAGAAAUGAGGGUCGUGACUCAGCAACCCAAGCAUGAUGAGGUCAGCAUCAAGGCCAUAUAAACAAUGUCGGCGAUUAGGGUCGUAGCCCGGCUGGGAUUUCGCGAGACGGAUGUAUUCCAUGAUCUUGUGCUCUCCCUCUCCGGGAACCUCAUGUCCCGAAAGGACGAUCUCCACACCUUGCCAAUCCAGGUCCUCCGAGACUUUCUUGUUGAUGAAAUAUCUGAGCUGCUGGCUAAGCUUUGCCAUGAACUCGGUGCCCGGGGUGAUGCAGUUGCUGUCAAAAGCGUCUUCCUUCGGCAUUUCCACGCCUUCCGCAAUGGCUUUCUCUCGAGCCUUUUCAGCAUCGAGUGCGGUGCGGAAUCGUCGGGCGCGCUGUUGGUUCAUCUUGGCUCGGGGUGCGACGCCAUCAAUCGCCAUGAAGAAGAGUUGUUUCGGCUUAAUCUUCCCAAACAGAUGCUCGAUGUAGUUGAAUAUGGCAAUGAACAUCUUGUCCUCUGUCAUGCGGAAGGUGGGAGAGUCGGAGUCUUUGUGAGUGCAGUUAUGGAUGAUGCCGUUCAUGUCAAGCUAAGACAGUCGAAUUCCGGGAUAAGAUUUUCCGCUAUAAGCUGAGAUAUAGCGGGAUAUCGCUCCGACAUCCAUCUGAAAAACUUGGGAACACCCAUGACGGCGGUCUAUCGUAGUAAUAGAGGGGAGUUGAAGCUUGACAACGCGGUGAGGGAAAGCGCGCAAGCGAAGAACGCCGCAAAUGAUGGGGCAAGGAGGGAGAGUGUAGGUGGAGUGGUGAGAGCGCCCGUAGCGCUGCGGUCCGGCUGUGCCGUAGAUUGGUGGGUUAGAUCACGACACGGAGUC